AUGGCAGAUUGGUGUGGUGUCUUGGGCAAGGGAAGUAGCGCUGUUGGUGGCUAUAGUAGAAGAUCAAUGAGAGAUGAAGAUUUUGAAGAACAAGAUGUUUGGUCAGUUAUGAAGGAGAUGGGAGAUUCAAGUUCUAAAUCCAAGUACUCCUCUUCUGGUUCUUCUUCUGCAUGGCAUCUCCCUAGUACUGCUCCAAGAAUGAUCCCAACAACAAAGCCAACAGCAACAAACCAUGGAGGAAAAGCAGUUCAACAGCAGUCAUCAGCUCCUUUGGACAUCCCUGAUUGGUCAAAAAUUUAUGGGAAAAAUUCAAGAAAUAUUAUGGGCUCAUGGGCUGAUGAUCAUAAUGGUAUUGCUUAUGAUGAUGGAGAUGAUCAUGUCAAUAAUGGUGUUAAUGAUAACGAUUAUGAUGAAGAUGGUGAUGAUGACAUAGUGCCUCCACACGAAUGGUUAGCUAGGAAGCUAGCAAGGAGUCAAAUCUCUUCUUUCUCUGUGUGUGAAGGGAUUGGAAGGACACUCAAAGGGAGAGAUCUUAGCAAAGUAAGAAAUGCUAUUUUGACAAAAACUGGGUUUUUAGAGUAG